AUGUCGUCCAACACUGUGAGCCAGAAGGACCUUGAGAUGCUCGCCACCGUCUGGAAGACCCUGAAGGAGCCUCCGCAGGUCGACUUCGAGGCGUUGGUGGACGCGGGCUACUACAAGAAUGCCAAGUCUGCCCGCGCCAGCUUUGACAAUUUCAAGAAGCGCGUCUUCGGAGCCGAGCACCAGGCUGGCGGCAGCAACAACAAUCACGCCGUCACGACCACCGACAACGGCAGCGGCAACGGCAGCGGCAACGGCAGCGGCAACACUGCCACCAACAAGAAGAAAAAGGCGGCGGCAGCAACUACUCCUGUGGCGCGCAAGCGCAAGGCUAACAAGGCCAAGUCUUCUGCCGAGGAAGCUGCCGAUGAUGAGGAAGAGGAGAAGCCCAGCAAGAAGGGCAAGCAUGAGGCCAUAGAGGAUGGUGCUGACGCUGAGGACAGCGAGGUCUAA